AUCAAGGACUCUUAGAAACCACCUGUAGCGGAUCUGUCUCAAUGCGCACUGCGUAAUAAACAUCUGAAAAGGGAGAUUAAACGCGGUAGCGUACCCGCUUUGCUGAAAUAUCUUCUGAUUCGGAUUUAUAUGAACGUCACUUAAGGGAAAAAUAAUGUUAUUGACGCAUCGACUGUUGCUAUUUUUAUUCAUCUCAACUCUAGCCACAUCAGAUCCACCUGUCCUAUUGACAAAUUCAACUACCACACUUCCUCAAAUAUCAACAUUGGGAAUCAAUACAAAGACGCCUAUUAGCACAGACUCGCCAAACACCAGUAGUUCUACAACAACAACAACAACAACAAGAACAACACACAAUGUAACCCCUAUUGACGGAAAUGCUUCAAUCUCUUCAGUGACUAGAGUGAAUACUACAACUACUGCAACCAGCUCCACAAGUACACUUGUAUCUACAUCAGGGAAUACUACAAACCAUCCUACAAUUUCAACAGGAGCUAACACAAGUCCUGUGACUACUGCAGCCAUCCAUACAAGUCCACACAAUUCUUCAACUCAACCAGCCACAAAUCCUACUGUUACCACAUCAAGCAAUGCCUCAACUACUUCUUUACCUGCAUCAGUCAACAGCACAAUACCAUCCCCAAAUCCAGGAGUCAGUGUCACUCCAUCUCCCUUUAGCACAACAGGCAAUGCCACAUAUUUACCAAUUACAUCAACUGUCACUACUGCUCACCUAUCUACACAAGUCACGAUUACAACACUAACUACAUCAGGACACACAACACCAAAAAACAAUGCCACAACCCCACCUAUAACUAGCCUAGGCAAUAGUACCUCUCCACCCUUAAUCACACAUGUUUCACCUCUAACUACACAUGGGAAUUCCACAGUUUCACCUGUAACCACACCAGGCAACACAAUGUCAACUGUGCCUACACCAGUCAAUGCCACAACUCAGCCUACGCAAGGUAAUAUCACAAGCGCACCCCUAACUACACCACACAGUGCCACAGAUCAUCUCACUGGAAAUGUCACUGAUCCACGGCUUACAACAUUUUCAACACUAACUACACUAAACAAUGCUACGGUUUCACCCUUGACUGCUGUUGGGAGUAGUACCACACAUGGCAAUGCUACACCCACUCCAUCACUGACUACACUAAGCAAUUCUACAGUUCCACCCACGAUAACACCAGGCAAUAUCACAUCUCCCACACCACUAACUACCCCAGGUAAAACAACAUAUCCUUCUGUUACACCACCAGGAAUUACGACAAUGUCUCAAAAGACAACACUUAACAAUGUAACAAUAUUACCCAUUACUAAUGCUACAACACUACCCAUAAGUACACCAGGCAACACUACAGCUUUCCACUUUACCACACCAGGAAACGCUACCAUCCCACCACUUAUUACAACAAUUAAUUCAUCCACACCAUCCAUAACUACACCAGGUAACACUACAACACCAUCCAUUACAAUACCAGCAAAUGCAACCUCACCACCCAUAACUACACUGGGUAAAAAUACAACACCAUCCAUCUCAACACCAGGAAAUACAACCACACUACCCAUAAUUACACCAGGGAACACUACAGCACCAUCCUUCACAACACCAGGAAAUACAACCACACUACCCAUAAUUACACCAGGAAAUACAACCACACUACCCAUAUUUACACCAGGGAGCACUACAGCACCAUCCAUCUCAACACUAGGAAACACAACCACACUGCCCAUAACUACACCAGGGAACACUACAGCACCAUCCAUCACAACACCAGCAAAUGCAACCACACCACCUAUAAUCACAUUGGGUAACAAUACAACACCAUUCCUCACAACACCAAUUAAUGCAAUAACACCACCCAUAACUACACUGGGUAACACUACAGCACCAUCCAUCUCAACACCAGGAAACACAACCACACUGCCCAUAACUACACCAGGGAACACUACAGCACCAUCCAUCACAACACCAGCAAAUGCAACCACACUACCCAUAACUACACCAGGGAACACUACAGCACCAUCCAUCUCAACACCAGGAAACACAACCACACUGCCCAUAACUACACCAGGGAACACUACAGCACCAUCCAUCACAACACCAGCAAAUGCAACCACACCACCUAUAAUCACAUUGGGUAACAAUACAACACCAUUCCUCACAACACCAAUAAACACAACCACACUACCCAUAACUACACUGGGUAACAAUACAACACAAUCCAUCUCAACACCAGGAAAUACAACCACACUACCCAUAACUACAUUAGGGAACACUACAGCACCAUCCAUCUCAACACCAGGAAACACAACCACACUACCCAUAAUUACACCAGGGAACACUACAGCACCAUCCAUCUCAACACCAGGAAACACAACCACACUACCCAUAACUACAUCAGGGAACACUACAGCACCAUCCAUCACAACACCAGCAAAUGCAACCACACCACCUAUAAUCACAUUGGGUAACAAUACAACACCAUUCCUUACAACACCAACAAACACAACCACACUACCCAUAAUUACACCAGGGAACACUACAGCACCAUCCAUCUCAACACCAGGAAACACAACCACACUACCCAUAACUACACCAGGGAACACUACAGCACCAUCCAUCACAACACCAGGAAACACAACCACACUACCCAUAACUACAUCAGGGAACACUACAGCACCAUCCAUCACAACACCAGCAAAUGCAACCACACCACCUAUAAUCACAUUGGGUAACAAUACAACACCAUUCCUCACAACACCAACAAACACAACCACACUACCCAUAAUUACACCAGGGAACACUACAGCACCAUCCAUCUCAACACCAGGAAACACAACCACACUACCCAUAACUACACCAGGGAACACUACAGCACCAUCCUUCACAACACCAGCAAAUGCAACCACACCACCCAUAACUACACUGGGUAACAAUACAACACCAUCCAUCACAACACCAGGAAAUACAACCACACUACCCAUAAUUACACCAGGGAACACUACAGCACCAUCCUUCACAACACCAGCAAAUGCAACCACACCACCCAUAACUACACUGGGUAACAAUACAACACCAUCCAUCACAACACCAGGAAAUACAACCACACUACCCAUAACUACACCAGGGAACACUACAGCACCAUCCUUCACAACACCAGCAAAUGCAACCACACCACCCAUAACUACACUGGGUAACAAUACAACACCAUCCAUCACAACACCAGGAAAUACAACCACACUACCCAUAAUUACACCAGGGAACACUACAGCACCAUCCAUCUCAACACCAGGAAACACAACCACACUACCCAUAACUACAUCAGGGAACACUACAGCACCAUCCAUCUCAACACCAGGAAACACAACCACACUACCCAUAACUACACCAGGGAACACUACAGCACCAUCCAUCUCAACACCAGGAAACACAACCACACUACCCAUAACUACAUCAGGGAACACUACAGCACCAUCCAUCUCAACACCAGGAAACACAACCACACUACCCAUAACUACACCAGGGAACACUACAGCACCAUCCAUCUCAACACCAGGAAACACAACCACACUACCCAUAACUACAUCAGGGAACACUACAGCACCAUCCAUCUCAACACCAGGAAACACAACCACACUACCCAUAACUACAUCAGGGAACACUACAGCACCAUCCAUCACAACACCAGCCAAUGCAACCACACCACCUAUAAUCACAUUGGGUAACAAUACAACACCAUCCAUCACAACACCAGCAAAUGCAACCACACCACUCGUAACCACACCAGCUAACACUACAGCACCAUCCAUCUCAACACCAGGAAACACAACCACAUUACCCAUAACUACAUCAGGGAACACUACAGCACCAUCCAUCACAACACCAGCAAAUGCAACCACACCACCUAUAAUCACAUUGGGUAACAAUACAACACCAUCCAUCACAACACCAGCAAAUGCAACCACACCACUCGUAACCACACCAGCUAACACUACAGCACCAUCCUUCACAACACCAGGAAAUGCUACCACACCCAUAACUACAUCAGGUAACACUACAGCACCAUCCAUCACUACACCAGGAAAUGCAACCACUCCACCAAUAACUACACCAAUCAACACUACAGUACCAUCCUUCACAACACCAGAAAAUGCUACCACACCCAUAACUACAUCAGGAAACACUACAGCACCAUCCAUUACAACACCAGCAAAUGCAACCACACCACCCAUAACUACCCCAGGCAACAAUACAACACCAGAAAAUGCAACCACACCCAUAACUACAUCAGGAAACACUACAGCACCACCCAACACCACACCAGGAAAUAAUACUACACAAGGGAAUUCCACAUUCCCUCCAACCACAGGCAACUCUACUAUUGGACCUGUCAUGCCUACUACUAACCCAACUAACCCCACAACCCCACAAGCAAGUUGUCCUGCAGUGCCAUGCCCAGCACUCAGUGUCUGUGUAAAUUUAACAUGUCAGUGUCUGGCAGGAACUUUGCUUGAAAACGGUGUCUGUGUGGAAAAAAAAUUUUUCUCUAGUGUGCUGCAUUUGAACCGCGAUUUUAACGAUGCUAUGAAUAAUCCUCAGUCACCUGAAUUCAAGAAAAUUGCUAAUGAGAUAAUUGAAGCGGUAAAUAAUGCAAUGCGUAGCCAACCAAACUACAUUAGGACUGAAGUUCUUAAGUUAAGGGCUGGCAGUAUAGUGGCUUCAGUAAACAGUUUUUUUGAGAUGAAUUCUCCAGUCAACCAGACGUUAUUUGAUGUGACUAUGAAUAAAGCCAUAGAAGAAUGCAGUGCGGCAACCUGUGGGAUUCUUGCUAAUGCUACUUAUACUAGUACCAGUAAGUGUGAACAGCAACCUCCUCCUUGUGAUGUCGAGACUACAGAAUGUGUGGUUAAAAAUGAUCUUGUCCACUGUAACUGCAGACCUGUCUAUGUACCCAAUCCUUACCAGACCAAGAGCUGUACAGUCUGUCCCAGUGGUCAGAAAGCAGAAAAUGGAACAUGUGUUCCAUGUUCAUUUGGCUAUUCUGGAUUCAACUGCAAUGAUUCCUCUCUGUUGGCUUUAGUGGUGGUGGCGUGUGUCUUAGGGGGAAUUCUGCUCAUUGCAAUUUUGGCUAUUCUCAUCUACAUCUGUUGUACUCGUGGCAGGGAAAAGACUCAGGAAAAUUAUUAUAGCAGCCCAUACCCUACUGAUGACAUCCAGGCCACGUGGCAGUCACAGGGCAUCACCCCAAUUCCUCGUGCCAAUCUCACUUCCACUUCCAGUGGCAACAGCCUGGAGAUGACAGAGGGGGCUGGAAGGAAAUUCCAUAAUAAUGGAUUUACGGGCUCGUAUGAUCUCAACACAGAGGACAUGAAGACCUUUACGGGGAAAAACUCCUCACGGUACUCCUACUUGGUGGGUCAUGAAAACCCCUACUAUCUGGAAGGAGGAGAUAGGAGCACCACAUGAGCAGAGAUGCCUGCAGGUUGUGGUACGGACGUAUAAAGUAAAGGAGGGACAGAUAAAGGAAUGAGAAGAGAAGUAAACAGUGCAAUAAAUCAUAAUAAUAUAAAAGGCCUUGGAUCAAAUAUGAAAAGUCUGAAAUAUGAAAGCUUAAACUGUCAAACUCAUCGAAUCUUUUAUUUCCCAAUUUCUCUCACCCGGAUGAAAAAAUGUUCACUUACUAGAAGUACAUUGAUGAUUGGGUUGUAGUUUUACACACCGUGCACACUCCGAAAUCUGUAGAUUUUUUUAUUUGUUAUUUUCAUUUUAAGUUUUGUUAAUGCACAUUUUAGAGCUCUUGCAUAUGUUACUACAGAAAAUGCUUUAUUAUGAAUGAUAACAUUUAAAGUUUACAAUGACACUUUUUUAAGAUUUACAUUAAUAUUAAACCCAUUUCAUUUAGCUAUAACAAGUGACAAAUUAUAUAAUGUGGUCCAGUAAACUGCCGUUGCUAGCACUGUUGUUUAAGUAAGCAUAUUUUUCUACACAGUUGUAUCAUAUGUGUGUAUAUCUUUAAGAUAAUGUCUUCCAGAAAGGUCUUAAACUCUUUUGGUUGAAACCUCCAAAUAAUUUGUAUGUUUUGUAUCAGAAAGAUGCAUGUCACCAGAAAGUUAACUCUGUGCCUAAAUGUGAUGUCUUUUGAACAGAUUUCAUUUAAAGGGGGCUUUACAAAAAGGCCUCCUUAGUAGUUGUGCCAACAAUCAUAUUUAUUCAAAUCAAUUCAUGUUGAACUAUUUGGUUCAUAUAUAACUAAUUUAUGUUUUUUGGACUAUUUUGUCUGUUCAUGCUUUUGUAAAAAACAAUACUGCUCUUUUGGGACAAAGAUAACCUUAUUCUGUAUAUUAAAAGGAAAUAAACUAAAACUUUAGUUAUCCUA